AUGUGCUUCCAAAGCCUUAACCUUAAAUUUGCAAAGUUGAGAAUUCAACAUUUUUGUGUUCAUCCCGGUGGUAGAGCAGUAAUUGAUGGAGUUGGUAAAGGUUUAAAGUUAAAUGAGUAUGAUCUUGAACCAACUAGAAUGACACUUCAUCGUUGGGGUAAUACUUCUUCCAGUGGAAUAUGGUAUGCUUUAGGUUAUAUAGAAGCUAAAAAGAGACUUAAUAAAGGUGAUAGAAUUUUGAUGAUUAGUCUUGGGGCUGGCUUUAAGUGCAAUACUUGUGUUUGGGAAAUGAUGAAAGAUAUACCUAAUACCAAUGUUUGGACUGAUUCUAUUGAAAAAUAUCCUCCACCAUUACACAACCAUCCUUUCGAAGAAACGUUUAAUUGGAUUCACGAUGAUCAACUUAACUUUGUGAGGUUCGAUUUUAGCACUAUCAAGAUUGAUUAA